AUGUCUUCUGAGUCCCCCAACAAGUACUACAAAGUCGGGGUCCUCCUGUUUCCUGGAGCAGACAUCCUCGACUUUGCAGGCCCAAUGGAAGUCUUAUCCCAUGUCUCGCACAACAGAAACCCAGAAAACCCCGACAGAAUGUUCGAAAUCAGAACUAUCGCUUGCAGCCCCGCAAUUCGUGCUGCGAGUUCGCUUACAGUUCACGCAGACCUGCUUUUGCCUGAUGCAAUCGAUCAGAUUGCAGACUUUGAUAUCCUGGUCAUCCCGGGUGGCCCCCCGUCAGUCGUGCAGCCAUUAAUCGAAAAUCAUGCACCGGAACUUGAUUUGAUUCGAAAAUUUGCAGCGCUACCUAGGGAUACCUCACCAGGCACCAGGGUUUUGCUGUCAGUCUGUACCGGCGCCUUUCUACUUGGGGCUGCGGGUGUACUCAGUGGAAUGACCGUGACAACCCAUCACCAUGCUCUUAACAAACUUCGAGAGAUCUGUGCUCAUUGCAAUGCUCCAAGUGAGCCCGCUACGACCGUAUUGCACAAGCGAUUUCUUGAUGGGGGUCUAUUGAAGGGCGGAGGGAUUCGACUCCUCACGGCUGGAGGGAUAAGCUCGGGCUUAGAUGCCACAUUCUACCUUGUUAGUCAAUUGGCAACACCUGAUAUGGCGGUCUUUGUUACUCGGGUUAUGGAGUACGAUUGGCGUGAGCUCAAAGAGUGA